AGCUCUGUACAGUAUAACCACUCCCGUCUGUACGUCAGAUGAUUGCAUUUUCUAUAAAGCAUCAGACAACAGCCUGAGUCCUGCUCAUUUCAUCCCCUGGCGGCGCUGGAAACAGGGCACACAGAGAUGUUUUAUUCUGGCAUCCUCACAGAUGGCAGCAGGAAGGAGUCAGAUCUCAGGGAGGCUGCAUCAUCCCUACGGCAGCAGAGGAGGAUGAAACAGUCUGUCCAGUUCAUCCAUAAGGAUUCGGCGGAUCUAUUGCCCCUGGAUGGGCUGAAGAAGCUGGGAACGUCCAAGGACACACAACCGCACAGUAUUCUACAGCGACGUUUGCUGGAGACCAACUUGACGAAACUGAGGAAUACUCGAACAGCGUGGAUCCCUAAGAGCGAUCUCUCAGCUCAGAGUAACAAGGUGCAUCACGGAAAAGUGGAAAGUCCCAGGAAAACUGAGGAGGAGGAUGCUGUGUUUGUUUGGUGUCAGUGCGCUGGUAAGGAGGUGAAAGCCAAGAUCGACACAUCCUGUCAGUACAGCAUCAUUUCUGCAGCAUGCUUGGACAGACUGGGAUUAAAGGAACACUUCAGGUCAUAUAAGAAUGAAGAUGAGAACAUUUCCUUACCCUAUAAUGUGAGAAGCCUCGGGCAGAUAGACCACUUGGCGGUGACGUUAGGCAGCAUUUCCCUGGACUGCACUGCUGCGGUUAUAGAUGACAAUGAGAGGAACAUCUCGCUGGGGCUGCAGGCUCUGAGAUCCCUGAAGUGUGUGAUAAACCUGGACAAGAACCAGCUGGAGGUGGGGAGAACAGACAGAGACAUCAUCCCCUUCAUUGUGAGCAGAAAUACAGAGAAAGAAGAGCAUUCAUCAGAUGCGUAAUGGGAGGAGCCACGGCUGAGCGAGGAUCAAUGCUCCCACCGGAUCCGAACAAAAAUCCUCUGUCGUCGUGUGUAUUGAGUGCUAUGACGCAUUAGUCUCUCUCUGU